GCGCACAAUCGUCUUCAUUGUGUAGAUACCAGCACUCCUCAGCGGGCUUGAGGCACAUUGCAAAAGUUUCACCGGGGCACCGCUCCGAGAAGUCAAGGUACCAUCCUCCAUCACCGCAGGGCGUGGCUGAGAAUGGGAAGGGUGGCGUGAUGGCUCAUGAGGUAGUCAGUUUGAGAUGACUCAUGGCGUCAGCAGCGGGACACACCGAAUUCGAGAGCGAGAUGUUCCACCAUAUUCCAGUUGGCCACGCUCACGGUGCGAUUGUACAUGCUGGUACAUGUCCAUUCCAUCGUUGGUAGAAGAGGAUCGACGAGACGCUGCUCCGCCGAGCAAUACUGAGAGCGGGAGGGGUCAGCCUAGAUCUUUCAUUCUGUACUGGUCAGGCGACAAAAGCAGCUCACGUGCUUGUAGCCGUAUUGUUUGGGAGGCCCAGGGCCAGGCCGCCAAUGGCAGGUGUAGUGAUCAGCGAGAGCAGCAGGUCGGUACAAGCCUAGGACCGCAAUGGAGAUCGCCAAGAAGGCAGAGAGCAUGGCGAAUACGAGAUUCCUGGCCGGGAUGAGAGUUUGCGAGGCAUUGCAGGACGUGGUGGCGCAUUAAGAAGCGCCUGCAGCUUGUGAAGGGCCGGCGGCGAAGACGAUCUUGACCGGAGGAAUGCUCGGCGCAAAGAGUACAUGGCCAGCU